GUCUGACUCAGCCCAAAAUGCAGCAUCUUGUCGACAAAACGCAGGCUAGAGAGGAAAUAAUGGACAACAGAAGCUACGCGAAUCUGCCAGACAAACUGCCUGUCUUCUCUGAUUCUGCCCACUUGCCGCUGACCAGGUCUUUCUAUCUGGACCCCAUGGUCACCUUUCACCUGUAUCCCGAGGCCCCAGUGCCAUCCCCUUACUCUGAAGAGCUGCCAUUGCUGCCUUUUUCUAGUGAUUCCCUGAUUAUGGAAAAUUAUGGUGAACCCUGUCCCUUCUCCUUCCCAAUGCCUUAUCCAAAUUACAGAAGGUGCGAAUACUCCUAUGGGCCUGCCUUUAUCCGGAAAAGGAAUGAGCGGGAAAGGCAGCGGGUGAAAUGUGUCAAUGAAGGCUAUGCCCAGCUCCGACAUCAUCUGCCAGAGGAAUAUUUGGAGAAACGACUCAGCAAAGUGGAAACCCUCAGAGCUGCAAUCAAGUAUAUUAAUUACCUGCAGUCUCUCCUAUACCCUGAGGAGGCUGAGACCAAGAAUAAUCCUGGGAAAGUUUCCUCCAUAAUGGCAACCACCAGCCGCCACCCUGACCCCAUUUUUAGAAUCAUUUGAUCCAAGUGUUUCCGAAGAGAAACAAAUAAUUUCACAGAA